AAUGUAAAGUAUGUCUUUAAAACAGGAAAUGUUGUUAUGCAUUUAAAUAAGAAUCUGUGGAGAGUAAGAAGGUAUCAUGUCGUCUGUCAACGCUUCUAAUUCAAAAGAAUGGCCCCAGCACAUUGUGAAUAUCUACACCGGCUUUCAGCAGUCCCAGGCUCUAUUUGUGACAACCGAGCUCGAAUUAUAUGAUCUUCUUGAGAAUAAUGGCAGGAUGACAGCAUUUGAAAUAGCCUGCAAGAAAAACAUAAACUUGGACGCAACAAAACGACUGCUAGAUUUCGCUGCUGGAUUGAAACUCAUUAGAAAAGAAGAUGGAUCAGAUCCUGCUAUCUACAGUAAUAUCCCAGAGGUAGCAGAUGCCCUACAAGCUAGUAAGCCUAACAACAUGGUGGCAGCGGUGCUCCAUGCUUCCCGCAUCCAGUACCCUUUAUUCCAGAAUUUGAGGACUGUUAUCAAGGAUGGAAAUAAUACACAGGCUUACAAAAAUGCGUUUGGAUUUGAGGUUACCUCUGAGACGUUUGAUUCGUUGUACAGUAGUGACCAAGACUAUUCAACCAUUUUCCUUCAAUUUAUGCAUGAUUUGUCUUCAAUCACGGCACCGGGUGUUGCUAAAUCGUUUGACCUUUCACCUUUCAGAAGAAUAUGUGACUUAGGAGGAGGCUCGGGAGCAUUAGCAUAUGCAUUAGCUUCUGAAUAUCCAGACGCUUCAGUAACAGUAUUUGAUCUACACUCUGCCAUAGAGAGUGCACAAAAAAUAAGAACUGAAAAAACAAAAAUGUUAAAAGUAGAUUUUAUUGCCGGAGAUUUUUUCAAAGACGACUUUCCUCAGGCCAACUUGUAUACCUUUGGAAGAAUUAUUCACGAUUGGGAAGAGGAUAAAGUUCACCAACUUUUAGAAAAGGCGUUUCAUUCUUUGGAAUCUGGGGGCGCUGUUUUGAUAGUAGAACUGCUUUUGAAUGAGACUAAAACUGGUCCCUUGCAUGUGCUACGAGCCAACGUUCAGAUGCUUACAGAGAUGAGCGGGAGAGAAAGAACAGAGGAAGAGUACCGUCAAUUGCUGGAUCAGCAUGGGUUUGUAAAUUUUCGAUGCCAGUUUGUCAUGGGGUAUAGCAGUAUGCAUGCAAUGAUAGCUUACAAACCAUGAAGUUGGCCAUUUAAUUAAGAAGUUGAACAAUAGUUAGCCACUUUAUCGAAAAUUAAAAUGUUAUUAUUAUUUAUUGUACUUGUAAUACAAAGACUUGGAUAACAAACUAUGUGUAAUAGCCGGAUUAUAUCAAAAUUGUUAUAAUGAAACUUUGAUUAAUAAAGUUAAAAUAAAAAAACAAAUUUAAGCUUAUUUCAUGAUGAUUAUUCAGACUCGUGCUUCAAAUAUUGAAACAGUUUUUUUUACAUCGAAUUAGAGAAUAGAAAAUUAAUUUUCCAGAUUUUAGUACUUCAUGCAUUACUAAUGAAGAUUUAAUUGAUUUAAUUUACAUACAUGGGCCUGUCACGCCAAAAUCGGUCCAGGGAACCAAUUUUGGCUGAAAUUUGUUCGGAUAUAAAUAUUGGUCCGGCCGGGACUAGUUUUGGAGUAGCCUAAAUCGUUUUGCCUAUGCCUGCUACAGUGUUACACUAUACGAGUUUGGUACUCAAUCAACAGCACAGUGAGUUGUUACUAAUUGGUCUGCAUAGAUUUUUUUGAGAGAAAUCUUUAGUGAAAAAAUUUAAAUUGAAUGACCAAUCAAAAUGAAAGUGAUGGCUUAAGUCCAAUCGGAAGCCAAUUUUGCAUACAUCACCUUAGUAUAAGAUUUACCGUAUUUCACAGUUGACUUUAUUUAGUAGGAAAGAGGCUGCAAUUUACAAUAAAAACAUUAACAUAUUUACCUACGAUGUUUGGUUACUUCUGGUACUUUAAAGAAUAAUAAAUAAUGAUUGUUUUUAAAAGAAGAAAGCGAGAAAGUUAAAUAUCACUGAAAAAGAAAAUGUAGUCCUUGCAUUCUACAAGUAUCACAAAACUUGAUAAAAUAACAAUACAGUAUAGUAUGUAUCAAUAGUAAUGAAAGUAUGUUAAAAACACCAAUCAAAUAUCCCAUAAUUACUAUAUAGGAUAAAAGAAGAAAGCAAGAAAUAAAAUAUAGUUAUUGCUUUAUACAAGUAUCACAAAACCUGAACUAUUAAUAUAGUAUUUAUCAAUAGUAAUGAAAGUAUGUUAAAAGCACCAUUCAAAUAUCACAUAAAAUUAUGCUCUUUAUAGCACUUGUCAAGAAUAUAUAGUAAUCACUUUAAUGUUUUACAUGAAAUGAUUUAAAUAAAAUCCAAACUGCUGCUUUUAUGUAUCGUUUACCGCGUAAUACUUUACCACUGAACAUCAUCAAUAUAAUACAAGAUUUUCUAGCAUCAAUUAUACUUAUCUUACUCCGUGCACAUCUAGGAGCAGGUGUUUUUCAGUUCUCUUUUGGGGUCCGAAAUUAUGGGCUAAUGUUCCUGAUGACCUAACAAAUAAAUUUACAUUGAAUAGUUUUAAAUAUCAUUUUAAGAAAUCUUUGGUCUCGGGGUAUGGUAAUUAGUUAAUUAUCUUUUUUCUUUUCUUCCUCUCAUUUCUAUUUGAGUCUUGAAAUAAUGUGUCUGGUCUUGUGUUCAAAACUGGAUUGGAUAUAAUUUUAUUGGUAUAUCAUUCUGUUAUUAUAUUAGUUGAAAUACAGCUAAUCAUUGGUACCAGUCACUUUUCCAAAUCUUUUGUUAAAGGUGGCUACGUCUUAAAGCUCUACUAGAAAUUACUGUAGCCUCCUUCCAUACAAUGUAUUUGUUUUAAUUUGCAUUCUUAUUGUAUACUGUCUUACUGUAUUGUAUGGAAAAUAAAUGCAUAUUUGAUUUGACUUGACUAGUA